UAAGACCAGCCUGGAACUGCCGUCAUGGGCGAAAUAAGACGUAAUUGUUGGUUACCUGAGGACUCAUGAGGGACCCAUUCAUUGACGAUGACUCUUUCGAUCCUUCAUCAUUUCUGGGUCAAAUUCGACUCCCACUCUAACCACUCACUCACUCCCUCAAUCACUUACUCACUGCCACGCGAGACUCAGAAUUAGGCAGACGAUGGGCGUCUACGGUACUUGACUCAUCGAGACUGAUACACCAUCCUAGACAAAUAGACAAAUACCCUCAUCGCGACGUCGCACCUCGAUUGACUGAUUGAUUCUCUCUUCUCACUCCUCCAGCUUCAGCUUCACCGCACAGGCAGAAGCAGCAGUAGCAGUAGUAGAGAGAAGUACACUGCUUGUCCCGGGCAUGCCGAAGAAAAGGAACAACAUCAGGUCCUUCAAGCCAGUCUCAACGGCUUCUCCGACUGCGUCAACAUCGACGAAUAACUCUGACAGGCCCUCCCGAAGCGUCAAUGAGUUGCUAGCAAACUUGCGUCGUACCUCGAUCAGCCCCUCCUCUAGCUCGCAGUCAGCCCUGCCUGCUGCUGCUCCCAGUGUACCCCCGGCCAUCAGAGAGAUACUCCAGAUCCCAGACACACCGGCCCCCGCUCCUCGCCGUCUUGUCCGUCAGAGAUUCGAUGGCAAUGGCAGGAGACUCCCUGCUGGCCCUCCUCCGCCUAGGAGUUGGGUCGCCCGUAAUUCAUCGGAUGCUGCUCAUGAGGCCUCCUCCAUGAGCCAGUCGCGGCUGAAGGCAAGAGGAUUGGAAGAUACUUGUUUACCGGGAACUUAUCUCCCGGAGCGUGGAAGUCUGAUAGACAUCGUGCUGCAGAAACUCGCAUACGAGUGGGCUUUCCACAGAGUGUACAAUCAGUACCAUCUGUACUUUGUGCCCAACCAUUUGAAGGCAGCUCUAAUCCGCUAUGUUGGAAUCGCCAGUGAGGCUGGGCUGUCGUUGAGUGACUUGAAGGUCAUUCUGCUGCCACCACCAGAUACUUUUGAUGGGGCUGAGUUGGAUAGUUUAACAGCUUCGAAUCUUCAAGUAAACUACCUCGAUCUUUCGGGCUCCGCAUGCCGGUCAAUUAAACUGAAAGAGAUCAGUGACUUGUUAUUCCCUGCCAGAGAAGAUCAACCCACGACAGAACUACAGGAAUCCUGGGACGUUUCCGAGAGCAUUCCAAGCCCUCCCCGAACUUUGCUGCCCAACCUCACCCACCUUUCACUCGCCUUGCAUCCCGGGCAUGCCUCAUCCGCAUCAUGGAAGCAGCUUCUUUCACUGUCUCCCAAGCUUACCGCGGUCACGCAUUUGAGUCUGGCGUACUGGCCCGAGCCGUGCUUAACACCGAGAUCUCGUCUGGCCACCGUAUCGAGUCCGCAAGGCCGUUUUACCUAUGGAGGGACAAACCUUUAUUCACAUUCACUUGAUCACGAUUGGAGUGAGGCUUUACUCGUAUUGCGCAUGCUGAGUAAGAACCUAUAUGCGCUCGAGUUUCUUGACCUUACAGGCUGCUGUCCUUGGUUCCCUGCCCUGAUGGCCGAAACUGGGCAUGAUUUUGUCAACUGGGCCGAUCACUGGGGCAAGGUCACUGAGCUUCGGCUCUACACAGGGUGGACUCCUGGUCCUGAUGCAAUGCCAUCUGAGAGAUUGCGCUAUAGAGAGGGAGUUCAAACGGCCAAGGAUGUCGAAAGACACAUUAGAACCAUGAGAGCAGGCAAGGGAAGGUUUAUUGUCGUAGAACGCGACAGUUUAGAUGAUGUAUAGACAGAAAACUCAUAAAAGCAUAUAUAUUUU